AUGGCGCUGGACGUUUGGGUUAAAGACAAUUUUACAAACAAAUACAAAUACUCGGAAAAUAUAGCAAUUCCAAUGCUCAACAACACUGAAGAUGACAACAUCACAGCCAAGAACUCUCCCUGUGGCUCUGUGAAUGACAUUGAACUUGACCGGACCUAUAGACUGAUGAUACUCUAUCUUACUAUUGUGCUGUGCCUGAUAGGCAGUGUUCUCGUCAUUCUUUGGAUGUGUUGCAAUCGGCGUAUCUUCCCAAAGUUUAAGCAUUAUUCCCGAGUAAACGUGUUUAUCCUGCAUCUGACUGUAGCUGAUCUUCUCGUCAUCAUGUUUGCCAUGGUGCCCCAACUUGCCUGGGAGCACGUGGAACGCGACUGGCGGGCUGGGGACAUUAUGUGCCGCCUUGUUAAGUUUCUCCAAAGUUUCUCAAUGAUGGCGAGUAAUUACAUGGUCGUUGUGAUUGCCAUCGAUCGCCAUCAGGCUAUUCGGGCUCCACUUAAAGAGGCUUUCUCGCGACGUAGAAGCUACAUCUGGAAGAUGGCUGGGACUGGCUGGGGUCUGGCGGCAUUGUUCUCGCUUCCGGUGACGGGUGUGUUUCACACGGUAGCAAAAGAGGACGGCGAGACCCGUUGCGAAAACAUUUUUCGGAAUCUACCGCACUGGCAUCGCCAAAUCUGGAUGACCUGGGUAGCUUUCGUCGUGUUCUUCAUCCCGUUUGUCAUGUUGGUCAUCUGUUAUUUGAGAAUAUUUAUGAAAAUUUCAAAAAAGGCUUUGCAAAACAGCAGUGUCAAAUACCGGCAAGAAAAAGGAAAGAUAUACCUACAAAGUACACACUCAAGUUCUUUACCUAGAGCAAAAAUAAAGACACUUAAAAUGACAUUUGUCAUCCUAUUGACAUUCAUCAUUUGUUCCAUGCCAUAUUUUGUUGCUGAGAUGAUAAUGUCAUACGGCAACUAUUGUCUUAUUUCCAAACAACUGUAUGCCAUACUCGGAGGGAUGGCGGCGUGUAAUUCAGCCACGAACCCUUACGUAUUUUUAGCAUUCAACAUUAACACUAACUGGUUUACACUCAAAGAUUGUCGUGCAAAACAGAAGCAAUCGCCACUUUGCGGGUACCAUUCCUGUCCCAAUGGGUCAACUGGACCACACGCCAACAAUUCCGUGCGCAGGAACAACAGUCAGUGUGUUCCAUUGACUCGCCAAGAUACGUACGAGAGUCAAGUGGAAAUGAAGAUUCUCAGACAUUGA